AUGUUCGACGAUCUCCGACUGGAGCCUGACCAACGACAGCCGCCUCCAACUCCAGCAAAGGAGUCCACUUGCAACCGUCAUUCGCUAGCAGCGACCGUCGGCGCUCGUCUUCUCGAUUUAUCACCAACAUUUGAAACCAAAGAACAACCUGUCAUUGCCUAUUGCUCCAACACCACUCGUCGACCACUACCAACAACAACAAAUGCAUCGCCAUUACCAUUCGUCUCUAGCCAACAUAGUAUGUCGAAGCACUUCCAGAGGCAUCCGCCUGCUACUUUGCCGGAACCGCCUGUCGACCACAAUAACCUCAACAUCAACGACUUCUGCAUCGUUGCCACCACUAGUAUUGAUCGCCAACCCUCACAAUGGAAUCACCAUUUCCAACAACCGACGUUUUCUCCUAUGGAAUCUCCUUCAGAUCGUGACAAUAAGGAAUGGCUGGAGACUUUUGAUUCAAAAUAG